AUGGACGAGAUCGCUUUAUUGCAGCAGCAACUCGCGGCUGUGCAGCAGCAGGAGACAGCGCUUAAGCUCUCAGACCACAACGUUGUUGACCUGCUUCUUAAACUUCAGCAAUCGGGCAAGCUUCGAAUAAUUCACACGCGCACGGGGAAACAGUUUUUGACUCCUUUGCAGGUCCAGCGGGAAAUCGCUGACUACGUUGCUUUGCAUGGUGGUCGUCUAAGCUUUACGGAGCUAGAAAAACUCAUCGAUGUAGAUCGUACAUAUGUUGUCAAUCAGGCGGCGGUGCUGUUUCGUAAUAGCAGAGGCAAUAAGGACACGUACCACGUAGUGAACGACGGAGAGGAACUUCUUACAAACUGGUAUAUCGAUGGUAUCAUUGAAGACACGAAUGUACUCUUACAAGAGAGCGGAACCACAUCUAUAGGGGCCUUAGCUCAACAAUUUGGCUUUGCUGUAGACUAUAUGCGCGACGUGGUGCGCUCGAGACUCGGCAGCAUUUUGAUGGCCAGUGAAAAGAACAAUGUGCUUUACACGGAUUCUUACGUAGCUGCACAAAGAGCACAAACCCGCGGAGUAUUCGCAGCUAUUACGCGACCUGUCUUCAUUCCAGAUAUCCUCAAAAACUUUGGCUUUGACGAAACAGUGGCUACUGAUGUGCUGACAGAGCUGAUAAAGACUAAGGUGCUUAUGGGCACUAUAAAAAAUCGUGAAUACAUUCCUUUUGUUUUUAUGGAUGCGCAAAGAAACAGUGUCUAUUCCUUUUUUCAGCAGAAUGGGUACUUGGAGCAUGCAAGAGCACGAGAGAUUCAGGUCGUCAGACCCUACGACUUUUUGAAAAAGCGAUUCCAAGAUGCAAUACCUCUUCGAGAAUGCGUUGUGAGUCGAGACCUGCAACUUCAGCUUGAGGGGGCUGUAGAGGCUGCAAUUAGCGACAAUAUGUUUGUGGAUGUGCGUCUACUGCUGCCGAGUGCUCUGUCAUCUGGAGAUGUGAGCUUGUUGUUGAGCUUGUCACCGGCUUUGAAGAAAGUGGGAAACGUUACCAAGGUCUAUCAAAUUGCGGAAACUUAUGCUGUCAGCUCGGGUUUCUUCGCGUUGUACUUGACAAAGUUUGAGGAAGAUGCCACGAUCAAAGCCUCCCGUGCUCUUACUCAGCAGAAGAGUAACGCUGUUCUGACUAAAGACGGAGAGGUAAAUUCGGAUGGUGAGACAACUGACAGCAAGCGUGGUAAAAAGGGAAAGCGUAUGAAAAGUGACCAGAACGAUUCUUCUUGGCGCAAUGGAAAGACUACUCAAGGUAAGAAAGACAAGCGAGGGCCGAAGCGUAGCGGAAAUGCCAGUGAAGAUGGCGAAAGCAGUUCCACAUCUACCCGACUUUCGAUAACCCCUUCUCAUGAUGAGACUCUUGAACUUCUUUUAACAUGGUGUCCAGCUCUCGACGAUUGCAAAGACGAUGAUGAAUUUUUAAAUGCCAUGGUAGCUCAUCUAAAACCAAACAUUGAUGAGAUGUAUUCUGCAGCGCUUACAAAGGCUAUGUCCAGCACUAUACGUGGCGAUGCUGCAUCACUGCGCGAGUUGCGUAAGGCGUUUGAAGACUUAUUUGACGAGCAAUUUUCUUUGCUUAUUGUUUUGGAAAAAGGUUUUCACAAAUUGUCGAUGCUGGUGGAUGCAAAGGAUGUUGCUAGUAUGGAGCAGCUAGCUCUUGUUGAAACGCAUAUAUUAAAGUCUUUCGCCACUGAACUAGCUUCUUUGUUCACUUGCUUCAUAGCUGAGAGCAACAAUCUUGAAGUGGAAGGAGUGCCUCCAAUGGCGUCCCUUAGACGUAACGAAGCAAAAGACAAAGUUGUUGUUCCAAUAACGUCCCUUAGUGAUGACAACAGAAAGGUAUUUGAGUCAAAGCUUUCGCAAUCCACAGCGAAUUCUUUAGUGCGAUUAUGGACGCUUGCCACAGCCGGCCGUCACUCCAUUAGCGAUUUUAUGGCCCACAUCCCAGUGCUGGCUGAUGAUCUCAGUAUGCCACUUCGAAAAAUGGACCGCAAAAAGGAGCGUCAAAUAAUCUUUGGGUAUCGACAGGCAACCCUUGCGGAACUGGAAAAUCAGACAGCGUCAGUGAUUGAGUGCAAUCAACAAUAUGCGCUACUUGCAACCUUGAUUUUGCAGCUUUUCUUCCAGCAGCUCACGGGGCUCCCAUGCUCUUUUCCACGAGAGACCCUGUCGUAUGGCGAAUCGGUACUGCAGGCAUUGAAAGGCAUUGUGCCGGAGAAAGCAAUGUCCAUAAUCCAGGACUUUGUCCUCUUAGCAGGCGCUAUCAGUAAUGAAGAAAAUCCUAUUGGAGAGGAAAAGAAAGCUCACUGGAGUAAGAGAUUAGCUAAUGCGCGCGCUGUGGUUCUUUCAAAGGACCUGGGCUCAAUAGAGUGA